GACAUAACAACUUUAUUUUCUCGUGAUCACGACAUAACAAAAAGUUUUGAUCAAGACUUUUAUUUUCUCACAAAAGUACUUCCGUACGUACAAACGGUAUCUUCGACGUAAAGUUAGCCUAAAUGUAUCCCGAUAAAAGCUCGCGUGCUGUUUUUGUGUUUUAAUUCAUCAAGUUUUAAAUCAUACGUCAAGAUGGACUUUAUUUUUGCUCUAAGAGAGAGGGGUGUACCUGAGGAGAACCUGACCAAAAUGGAGGAGGAUAAGAUUGAUUGUGAUGUUGCACGACUACUAAAUGAAGAAGAACUGUCUAAGUAUAUUCCCCGAUAUGGAGAUAGGGUUUUUGCAAAGAACUGGAUGCCAGCAAAACGAAGAAAAAUGAAACUACCAGCAGCUCAAAAUCAGAAAAAGAAGUAUGGAUUUGGCAAUAGGAAUGCUGAAACUAAGACAAGAAAAAUUGAACUUGGCUGGAUGAACUACCAAGAUAGCAGCUACAAACAAGUACGAAGACCUAAAGGAGGUGGAACACGGGAAAUUGUUGUUCAAAAAGAAGACACGAUGUCAUCUGUUCUGAAUGUGGGGAAAAGUCUUUUUUUCCCGAAUGGUGAAUCAGCAAAAGGAAAUGCUGAUCAUUUUACGUUUAUGCUCUGUGGUAGUGGCUCUGAAGAUCCACUUAAAGAAGAUCAGACAAUUGGCAGCUUGUAUGAGGCAACACAUUUUAGAAUUCUCAGGCUGUAUGUGUGUACAAGACUGAAAGAUCAAGAAUCAGAUGAAAUUGACACAAUUCUGACUCUAAAGAAACCCCGGCAUGCUUCCACACCAGAUGAUGGUCCAUGUACUUCUGGGUGUAAUGAUCAGAACAGAAGUCAAACUUUGCAAUCCCCACCUCUUAUGCAUGUCAGCUCAAUUGAUGUACUUCAGUCUUCUGAAGAAGUGGUUUGUCUGGGUAAUGAUGUAGACACAUCUUUUGACAUGGUCUCUGACACACUUGUGGACUCACCUGUACAUGUUGAUUUUGUUGUUGACGAAACAACCACAGAUGUCGUUCCAUUCAAUUCAGAUCCAGACGUUUUUCCAGGUAACUCUAUUCAUGAAUCCACAAAUGCUGAAGAAACAGUGCCAGAAGACACAAUGUCAGUGCCAUCUCAGGCAGUUGACUCCCAGGAACCAGAGUCAUUCUUUGAAAACCCAAGGAAUGUUACUGAAAGUGAAACCGUUGUAAUUCGCAGAGUUCACUGUGUCAAUGACAUGAUUCAAGCUUUCUCUGACAAAAACAUUCUACAUGCCAAUGUAACUUUCAAACGUGUUCUUGAAAAUGGUGAGGAGGAAGCUGGCAUUGGUGAUGGAGUGCUCCAGGACUGUGUUACUGAAUUUUGGCAUAUAUUUUAUGCUACAAGAACCUGUGGAACGACAUUCAAGAUACCUACACUGCAUCACACUUACCAAGAAAGAGAAUGGCAAGCUGUUGCAAGGAUUUUUGUGCUUGGAUGGCUGCGCUUUGGUUACCUGCCGAUUCAGCUGGCGCCUCCUUUUUUAAAAGAAGCUUUGUCACUUCCAUCAGAAACAAGUCUCAUGGAGGCGUACUUCAGUUAUAUUAGUCAAGCAGAGAAGGAUGUUUUGAGUGAAGCGCUCCAGGACUUCCAAAAUGCUGAUAUGGAUGAAGUUCUAAGUGUCCUCAGCAGUCACAGCUGCACAGUACUUCCAAAGGAAAAGAAUCUGCAGAAAAUACUUGAAGAAAUUGCACAUAAAGAGAUGGUGCAGCAACCAGCGUACAUUAUAAAGUGCUGGCGACCCAUUCUCCAAUCUGUUGGGGAAAACAUGACUGCAGAAAGGCUGGAGCAGAUAACUAAUGAUCUCCAACCAAAGGCGAGAAAUGUUGCCAAAAACCUGAAGUUCCCACUUUCGAUGCCCCCAUCUGAAACAACUGUGUCAAACCAUCUCUUGCGAUUCAUUAGGGAGCGAGACCAGAAGGAGCUUGGUCUUUUUCUCAGAUACUGCACAGGCUCGGAUUUAUUUCUCUCCAAGACGAUUCACGUAACAUUUAAAGAGAUGAGCGAGUUUACAAGAAGGCCGAUUGCUCACACUUGUACACAACAACUGGAAUUGGCAAGCGACUGCAGCACCUAUGCAGAAUUUAGGGCAGAGUUUUGCUCUGUGCUAAACAGUGGAGUAUGGGUAAUGGAUAUUUUAUAGCCAUACAAAGUUUAAAGUUGAAGUAUGCUAAACCUCAAGCUGUGCUAAACAGCGGAGUGUGUGUAAUGGAUUUUUUAAAUAUCCAUACAAGGGUUGAAAGAUGGUUUGAUGUAUGUUUAAAUACACAUAGCAGUUGAUGUAGUUGAAACAAUUGUCAUUUUAAAAUCUAUUAACAGAUAAGAUUUAGUUGUCAAUGGUAGGCUAAUUCAUAUUGUAUACCCUUUCUAUCAGACAUGUAGCUAAUUUAAACAGGACUGGUUUAUUUACUCCUGUAAAUAGUUUUUCUUUUCACUUUUAUUCCUUGUGUACUGUUUACAUUAAACUGUUAAUCUAAGUAUUCUGUGGUUUAAGCAGUACAGUUUCACUUGAAUCGUUUCAUUUGCACUAAUUUAAUUGUUUUUAUAAACAACUGUGUACAAAAAUUAUGGAUGUUACAAAUUAAAAGUACACUGAAAAAAUGAUUCAUUAGAUGUAUUAUUUUGUUUAUGUUAAGUUGUUGUAAAUAAUUUAAAUGGGCUAAAUUUAAACACAAAUUAAGUUAAACAUUACUAAAUAUUUGUUCAAAUUCAGCCCCUAUAAAUUGUUUACAACCACUCAACUGCCAAAAUUGAGUAGAUCCAAUACAUAUUUUUUUCAGUGUAUUAUUUUUAUUUUAUUGAUUACAUUCAGUUCUGAAAAUAAAAUGUAAUAAGUUGUAUAUGAGUUUUUUCAAGAGUUAUAAUAGAGGUUUAGUGAUUGAAAACACUGUAAAAAGUAACUAGUUACUGAGUACUUAAGUGAGUAAACAAAUUGCCUUAAAAGCAACAAGUUGUCUUUACAAAAAUAAAGUAAACUCUUGAUAAAAUAAUUGUAAUUAGUCAUUGUAAUAGAGUGAAUCUUUUUUACAAUGACAAACCAUUUUAGCAUGUCUCUUCAAAUAAUUACUGCAGUUUUUACAACAUUACAUAUUUGGUGCUUCAUUAAGUCGAUAAAAUUUACAAUUAUAGCCUUUAUUGAAUUUAGAAGUCAUACUGGAGUCUGGAAG